UUACCCAAAUACAUUCAAUUAUAUCAUUACGUAUCACUAACGAUUCCUAUUUUUUUUUUCCUUUUUCAUUCAUUCAUUCAUUCAUUACUCCAUCGUCACUCUUUUUGUUUUUCUUUUCUUCUUCAUCCUCAUCGCAUCACCAUUCUCCGGCCACCGUAACUGCCACCACCUCCGUGAGUACUUUUGAUCAUCGAUCAACAUGAAGGAUAAAGAUAAAGACAGAGACAAGGAAAAGGAAACCGAGAAGAGAAAAUAUCCUAUUGGCGCCGAACAUUACGUUCUCCACGAAGAGAUUGGACAAGGCGUUAGUGCUUCCGUUCAUCGUGCUAUUUGUGUUCCUUUCAACGAGAUCGUCGCCAUCAAAAUUCUCGACUUCGAACGUGACAACUGCGAUCUGAAUAAUAUAUCUCGUGAAGCGCAAACAAUGGUACUAGUGGACCAUCCUAAUGUAUUGAAAUCACACUGUUCAUUCGUGAGCGAUCACAAUCUAUGGGUUGUGAUGCCGUUUAUGGCCGGUGGUUCGUGUCUUCAUAUAUUGAAAGCUGCACAUCCUGAGGGAUUUGAAGAGCUUGUUAUUGCAACCGUGCUUAGGGAGGUCUUGAAGGGUUUAGAGUAUCUUCAUCAUCAUGGUCAUAUUCAUCGUGAUGUUAAGGCUGGUAAUGUUUUGAUUGAUUCUCGCGGUGCCGUUAAGCUUGGGGAUUUCGGUGUGUCGGCUUGUCUUUUUGAUUCCGGUGAUAGGCAACGGUCGAGAAAUACUUUUGUUGGAACUCCUUGUUGGAUGGCACCUGAGGUUAUGGAGCAAUUGCAUGGUUAUAACUUCAAAGCUGACAUUUGGUCAUUUGGCAUAACUGCAUUGGAGCUUGCCCACGGUCAUGCUCCUUUUUCAAAAUAUCCACCUUUGAAGGUAUUGCUUAUGACUUUGCAAAAUGCACCCCCCGGCCUUGACUACGAAAGUGAUAGGAAAUUCUCUAAGUCGUUUAAGCAGAUGAUUGCUUGUUGUUUGGUAAAAGAUCCUUCAAAACGACCAUCUGCUAACAGGUUGUUAAAGCAUUCAUUCUUUAAGCAAGCACGCUCAAAUGAUUAUAUUUCACGCACACUUUUGGAGGGGUUGCCUGCUUUGGGUGCUCGCAUGGAGAUCCUAAAGAGAAAAGAAGAAGACAUGCUUGCACAAAAGAAAAUGCCUGAUGGGCAGAUGGAGGAAUUAUCACAGAGUGAAUACAAACGAGGCAUUAGUGGUUGGAACUUUAAUCUUGAAGAUAUGAAGACCCAGGCUUCCUUGAUCAACGAUUUUGAUGAUGCUAUAUCAGAUAUCAGUCAUGCGGCAAGUUCAUCUUCAUUAUCAACUCUUGACGGACAAGAUAAGCAACAGCAAACUCGUCAAACUGCUGACUUGGAGGAAAUUGAUGAAAUGCAUAAUCAGUUAGCUUCUGUUCCUGUAGUUGAUUCCACAGUAAAUGAUGACAAGACUAAGAUUGAAAAAUGUGAUGAUGACUCCAGUAUCACCAGUUCAAGCCACGAACGACAAACUUCUUCCGGGCCAGAUGAUCAUGUGGGCCAUAGUUUAGGUGAAAAAUGUGAUGCAGAGAAUGGUGGAAGCGUGGCUGUCCAUUCUCAUCAUAGAAGAUGUUCAUCAAGCAUAUUACCGGAAGUUACUCUUCCACCUAUUCGAGCAGAAUGCAAUAUAAAUGACAGUGAGAAGCUACCAAUUCUGCCUGUCUCAAAUGCCAAUUCAAAUUCAGUCCAUCAGAACGGAGAAGAUGUGCUGACUGAACUUCCUUCUAAAGUCUCAAAAUCAUCAGCAGCUAAUUCUGAUGACACUGAUGAUAAAGCAAAGGUACCGGUUGUUCAACAGAGAGGACGUUUUAAGGUUACAUCUGAGAACGUUGACCCGGAAAAGGUGACCCCUUCUCCUGUACUGCAGAAGAGUCACAGCAUGCAGGUUGGUUGUUUAGAGUUCAUAAGCCAGCAUAAUGCUGCUCCUCUACCUUCACCUUUACCGUCAUUAUCAACAAUAUCUGAUGCUACUUCAUCAAAUAUUCCUGUCUGUUCUCUGUUCCCAGUGUUGCACUCUGUGCUGCAGACAAAUAUUCUUCAGAGGGAAACCAUUCUAACUUUAAUGAGACAAAUUACUGCUGGUGAAUCUCCCGCUGAUACCCCUGCACAUAUAGCAACAAUGGAGAAAUCCUUGCUUGAAUCAUCUCACGAGAGGGAAAAGGAAUUACUUAAUGAGAUAACUGAUUUGCAGUGGAGGCUCAUAUGCACCCAGGAAGAGCUUCAAAAAUUGAAAACAGAUAAUGCUCAGGUAUGAUUGGAUUGUCGAAAUGGAUACUUGAAUUAGGAUUUCAGACGUGUUCUGUUGUUAACUGGAUACUUGGAUUUUCCUUAAAUCUAAGUUCUUCUUGAGCACUUAAAUUCAUUUAAGGUGCAAGGAGAAAGGAGAAAUGUGACCAAAUAGAACAUUCAUUUACUAGAUAUUGACUACUAUGUUACUUUUAGGUAGCUCCUUGUUAGUGCAGAUUCGUUGUUCAUAAUUAAUUUUUGUAAAUGAUUUUAGUGUUAUUUCCUUCUUGUAAAUUAUAGUUCACGUACGAGAAUCUUUCUGAACCUUCAAUUAUCGUCUCUAGAAUUCAUUCAAUGCUACUUGAUGCUA